AUAUGCUACAACGGUUUCCCACAACCGCACCCACAACGCUCCCGAGUUAUGUUCACAAAUCCUCCAGUGAUACGGCCCGACUCAAAUCGCAAACGUUCCUUUUGUUGAUUUAGUCUUUUUCUGUAGUUGAUCUGCUGUGGUUAUGGUACAACUCUUCAAAUCGACCCAAACAUUUCAUCUACACAUUUUUAACAGCUUGCAAAGGGAGUCCCGUUUAGAGACAGUUUUUAACUGAGAAUGGCUUCUCGGGGGAAAUCAGAAACCAGCAAGCUGAAGCAAAACAUGGAAGAGCAGCUCGACAGACUGAUGCAGCAGCUUCAAGACCUGGAGGAAUGCAGAGAGGACCUGGACGACGAAGAAUACGAGGAGACAAAAAAGGAGACCUUGGAGCAGCUGGGUGAGUUCAACGACACCCUAAAGAAGAUCAUGUCAGGAGAUAUGACACUGGUGGACGAACUCAGUGGAAUGCAGCUGGCAAUCCAGGCUGCCAUCAGCCAAGCAUUCAAAACUCCCGAAGUGAUCCGACUCUUUGCAAAGAAGCAGCCAGGACAGCUAAGAACCAGACUUGCGGAGAUGGACCGAGACGUGAUGGUGGGGAAACUGUUGAGGGACGUGCACAUGCAGCAGAAAAUGGAAAUCCUCAUGGCACUGAGGAAACUGGGCGAGAAGCUCACCCCAGAAGAAGAGACCUUUCUCGCUGAAAAUGCCACCGCUACUCUCAGCCAGUUUGAAAAAGUCACUGCCAACCUGGGGUCUGAAGAUAAAAUUAUGGCUCUGGCGAGCUCUGGUGUGAAAACCAAAGUAUAGCAGCUUUACAGAACGUUCAUUCUCAGACAUUAUGUUUGUUUUUUUUAGAAAUGUGCCAAUUGAUUAUGGAUUUUGUAAAUAAUCUGUGGACUUUUAAGAGUUUCUGUAGAAGCAAAGUCUUUGUCAGUUUUUAUAAAUGUCUUACUUGUUCUAAUAAGUAUUAAUGUCGGUACAAGGAUACGAGUCAGUAAAUGUAAAAACAUGGUAGCGAAUAUCAGAUGGAGCAUUCUGCUGUGAUUUGUUGUUUCUGUGUUGUUUUUAAAAGGCUGAGGGAUAAACAUGUCUGAAGUGUUUUUAAAUUUCUGUGAUGGUGACCCGUUUACUCUAACCCUCUCAUCGGAUGACUGCUGGAGAUGAGUAAUAAGAUGAAUGGAUGAAUACGUUUAUAAAUAAGGUUCACAAUGAA